AUGUCUUCACAACGUCAAAGUGGAUCGGAUCGAAACUCAAAACCGUCGGAUUCGAAGGCCUCCCACCCCAAUGGUUCGAACGAAGCAGACAUAAAAACGGCCGAGGAACAUACGUCCAUGAUCGCAUCGAUUCAGCGUACUGUCAGUUUUCGCCAGACCUGGUCGAACGGGAUCCAAUUUAUAUUAACCUGCACAUCCUAUGCCGUUGGCCUGGGCAAUAUAUGGCGUUUCCCGGCGGUGGUAUAUAAGAACGGAGGUGGAGCAUUCUUGGUACCGUACUUUUUUUGUUCGAUGAUUAUUGGCUUCCCGGUACUGUACAUGGAGCUAUGUUUGGGACAGUUUGCAAGGGCCGGACCGGCGGUGGUUUAUGGAAGAAUGAGGCCGUUGCUUCAAGGUAGGGGGUUUCUUGAGGGGGUUUACUGCCGUUUUUUAUAAAAGCGGUCUUUAUAUUAUCUAUCUUACCUUGUCCUGCACUGCACUUGCCUUGCCUUGCCUUGCCCGGCCCUUUCAUAUCUAUCCUGCCUUGCAUUGCUUUUCCCUGCUUUGUCUUGUCCAUCCCUGCACUGAACCGCCUUAAGUUGCCUUGCCUUUUUCUACCUUGCCUUGCUCUAUCUUGCCUUUCCCUUCCCUGCCGUCACUUUCUUUGCCUUGUUUUGCCUUCCCUACCCUGUUCUGCCUUGUCUUGUCACGCUGUGACUUGCCCUGUCUUGCUUUGCCCUACAAUGCAUGACCCUGCCCUGUCCUUGUCCUAAAAAGCGCUUGUCUUGCCUCACCUUUCUCUGCCCUGCCUUACCCUGCUUAACCCUACUCUUCUUAACACUACACAAUAAGUUGCUUGACAUGACAACACAAUCCUUAUAUAAAUCGUAUUUUCAGGCCUAGGCUGGGCGAUGGUGACAAUGUCCGCUUUCGUGACAAUCUUUUACAAUAUGGUUGUGGCUUGGGCUAUCUUAUACUUGUACAUAAUACUCAGCGGACAAUCUUACAAAAUGUGGAGCUCAUGCCAUAAUGACCAUAACACUGAUUGUAAGUUUCUUUAUAUUAUUGUUGAGUGUCAUUUUCGUUAUUUUAUUUGUUUUUUGAAAUUUUUUUCUUGUUUCGUAUUUUACAAUUAAAAACCCAUUAAUUUAAAAAAAAUAGGCCUUUCAUAGCUAAAUUAUGCAAAUCAAAGCCGGAAAAUAGCUGAAGUUUUAACGAUUAGGUUUAAAAACAGCCGAAACUACAAAUUGUAAGCCCAAAAACUUUUAUGCUCUACCUAAUUUUAAACCUUUAUAGACUGCACCUCUCCCUUUGACGACGACGCAUGUCGUGUCUCUUUAAAAGUCCAAAACGCAUUUAUGUUCAAGCGUGCAUGUUACACUACUGAUAACGUUGGCAUCAUGCAGCAUCGAGAAAUAAUGUUCUCCAAAUGGAGCCCUAUGACACCAGCUGAAGAGUUUUUUGAGUAAGUCAUAGCUUUCACAGUAUGAACCAUUAUAGAGUUACUGUAUUCAUUAGACGGUACUGUAAUAUGUGGAUUAGAUUAGGUUGUAUUCUAGGAUUGCAUCUAUAUUACACUUGCUUUGUUAUUACCGUUGUACUAUGAGGGUAAUAAGAUACUAGCUUGACACUACACACUACGUUACUCUACUGUACUGUACUGUACCCUACCCUACCCUACUCUACCCUACCCUACCACAGUUUACCCUACCACAGUCUACCCUACAGAACCUUCUAUAGCCUGUCUUUACCUUAUACGACACUCUUGAAUAAAGUAAAAUGAAGUAUAAUACUAUUACCACCAAAUACUAGCAGUAUAAAUAGCACAUACCACAGCACCAUUUCAGGUACUUCAUUCUAGAAAAAGCGAAAGAAGUAGGUACAUAUGGAAUGAACUGGAAGCUGUUUGGAGCCUACAGUGCGGCCUGGUUGAUGACAGCUAGUGCUCUAUCGAAAGGUACCAAAAUCAUUGGUUACCUAUCCUAUCUAACGGCCACUCUACCCUAUAUCAUUAUGCUAAUAUUGUUUAUGCGAGCAGUUUGGUUGGAUGGAGCGUACGAAGGCAUGAAAUACUACAUACUAGAGCCGGAUCUUAAUGUAAUCUACAAUCCUAAUGUAUGUGUUUCGGCUUGACUUUUGGCUUAUGGUUGGCAUCUUCUAUGCAAGUCUUAAAGGCUAGGAUAAGCCUAAAAGUUUUGAUACAAUUCAUAUACUAUAACAAGUCUUUUGGUACAAGUCAUGUACUAUAAUAUAAGGUUAUUAGUACAAAUUAGGUACUAUAACGUAAGCCUAAGCCAUUUUUGUGAUAAAAAUUGAAUUUUAGGCUUAUUUUAAAUUCCAAAAAUCUGACCUUACAUGUUAGGCCUACUUCACAACGAAAAACCGUAUUUUAGGCCUGGCGUGAAGCCGCGACCCAGGUCUGCUUCAGUUUGUCGGUCGGUUUUGGUGGGAUUUUGUCGUUCUCGUCGUUUAAUCCGACUACUCAGAACGUGUUCCGCGACGCCAUGAUAGUCACGGUGGCCGACGCCACGAUGAGCGUGAUAGGAGGAACGGCGGUUUUCAGCGUGCUUGGAUUCAUGAGCAAGGAAAUGAAUACGACUAUCAGUGAGGUGGUUCAGGUGGGCUUUAUUACUAUAUUACUGCAGUUCGGGGGGGGUACUGAAUUCAUUUUUUACAUUAGAAGUUACACUACCGUAACCAUGUGUUGAGUUUUGUAAAUCAAUACAGUACCUAAUACAGUAUUAUCGCCGAUCUCUUAAUGUAGCUCUACUCUAAGCUUACUGUAAUUUUAUAUAAGGUUUAGCGUAGCUUUACCAAUGGAAUACCGUAACCUAAUACUAGGAUUACUGUACCUCUACUCUAGCCUUAGCGUAGCACUAGGUUAGGCCCACUUAUAGCCACAAGUUGGGCCUGCUAACGGCCUUUAAGCUUACUAAUAGCAUUACCUUAAGGCUACUAAUAUUUUUUUCGGAUCGGCUCUCCCCCCCCCCCCCCCCCCCCCCCCAUACUAUUAGUCUAAACUUUGUUGUACUAUAGUAAUAUUUUAAGCCUGCUAACGUCCUUAUCCUAAGCCUAAUAAUAGCCCUAUAUUAAGCCUACUAAUAGCCGUAAGUUUGUCCUAAUAAUCCUAAAAACAGCCCUAUUUUCGGCCUGUUGUUGCCCUAUACCAAGCCUAUUGUAGCCCCGUACUAGACCAAUCGUAGUCUUAUAUUAGGCAUACUGUUAGCUUUACUCUUUUAGUACUGUAACAUAUUAUAAUUUCAGGACGGCACAGCAUUGGCCUUUGUAGCCUACCCAGAAGCCCUGAUUCGAAUGCCAAUCGAACCGUUGUGGUCGUUUCUGUUCUUUCUAAUGGUAUUUCUACUUGGUAUAAGCUCUCAAUUUGGCUAUACCGAAGCGCCGAUUACCGCAUUUAUCGACCAGUUUCCAAAGCUCAAAAGGUACCAUACGACGACGGUGUUCGUCGUAUGUACUAUGCUUUUUUGCUGCGGGAUUAUCUUGUGCACUAAUGUGAGUUUUGGUAUUUUAAACUGGGUUUGCCUGCGCUAUGUAUAAUAUAUAUAAUAUCUUUACUAUGUACUAAAACAUUUUUACCAUGAAUACCGUAAUAUUUUCACCAAAAUAUACUUUUACAAGUUUUAACUGAGCGAUACAAUUUUUUACUUUAAAUUAAUGCCAAUUUCAGAGCGGCUUUUUCUUCUUCAACAUUUUAAACGACUACUCGUCAGGCUUCGCCUUAGGAGUGGCACUGUUUAUGGAAACGAUUUUGGUCAGCUAUAUCUAUGGUAUGUUAAAAUACAAUUAUAGGGACGUUGAAUAAUCGUAUUUUAGCUAAAUUUCCAAAAUCCAGCGCAAUUUUUGUUUUUAAAGGUUUCCGGCAAAAGUCAUAGCCAAAAAAGAUCGUGUCCAGGUUUCGUGAAACAGACCCCUCAUUUUCACUAACCAAAAGUGCCCCUGACUUAGAUAUGAGAAACGAGCCGGGCCCAAUCGAAUUGGUUUGAGCUCUGUCCCUGGGGCCCACAUGUGCAGGCCCGGACGGCUCUUUUUAAAGUUGCUUAGGCCUGCCCCUAUGCAUGAGAAACGGGCCGGGUCUGAGCAAAAUUUCGAUCGGGCCGGGCCUGAAUAUUAGGCCCGGCCGGUUUCUCAUGUCUACCUGCCCCGACUACUUAUACAUGAUUCAUCAAACAAUCGCUUUACUCUUUUCGUCAGUAAAAUAUUUCGUUGCGGGACCUAAGUUGGGCCCUGGAACAGUGCUUUCAGUCCACAUUAGCAUUACCAGCAUGCAGAUCAGAUAAUGAUUUUGAUUUUUAGGUAUGAAAGACUGGGUCGCAGACCUUCGUUCAAUGUUUGGUCCACCAAAACACAGACUAGGCCAGAUUUUCGGGAGAACCGGCUACUACGUAAAAACAAUAUGGAUGUUCAUAUCACCUAUUAUGUGGUUGGUGAGUUAUGCUACUUUCUAUGUCUCUAUCUACCUUAAUAUAACCUAGAAUCUUACCGUAAGUCCAAUAAGAUACCAGUGGAUAACCAUUGUAGUAAUUUAAGAGCUCAAUAAUAGUGAUUUAGGUACAAAAUGAUAGAUUUCAAACUAAUAUUACAUAAUAAAAACUUUUAGAUUGUAACAGGAUUCACAUUGUACAUGCAAAGCACAAAUGGUGGUAUAGUGAUAGGGAAAGGAACUAGACGUUAUCAAGUACCAGCUUGGUGCACUGCCAUAGGGUGGUUCAUAUCAAUGUUACCAUUGAUUCACUUUCCUAUGCUGGCCUUGAUUAACUACCUCAAGUUUUCAAGGAAAGGAAAAGUAAAUUUUGAAACGUUUUUUUAAUUUGCUGAUCAUUAGACGAAAUGCCACAAAAAUUAUUGGCUUUUUUAAAAAAUCGACGAAAUGUCACCAGAUUAUUGGUUUUUAAAAUAAGUUUUAAAAUGUCACAAAUUUACAAUUUAUAUUAUUAUUUCACGAAAUGUCACAAAAUUAUCGAUUUUUUGAAAGUUUUGCGAAAUGUCACAAAAAUUAUUGGUUUUUUAAAAAGUUAAAAAAUGUCAUUUUUAAAUAAAAUAUCUUAACUUGAACACAAUAAAAACUCAAAAUGCAUCCCUAAAUUGUUAUAUCUCACCCUUAGAUUCCUACAUUUCAGCCGGCUAGCGAACUGCUCCGAGUCCAACGAAAAUGGCCAUCUUAUAAUAGACACAAGAAGAGGUGGAGACGAAGAAAACGUGAGAUCGGUGCAUCAGCCGAAAAUGAACAAAACAAGUCCAGCUCCAAGUCAAAAAGAAGUUCGGCACCGACACCUACUGACUCGAAUCCAAACACCUUGAGUAAUCAUGCUGAUGACCCGUUCGAAGAACAAAGUGACAAAACUUGA